UACAUUUGUGUCUUUCAAGUUGUAAUUGUCUAUUAACAAGGGGCCAGAAAUAAACAAAAUUAAAAUCUUUUCCAUCCCUGCUCUUGAAGAAACCUAAUCGCUACCUAACUAAAGACACCCCACUUCAUCUUCCCUACCAGUUAAAUCCUUUCCAUCUCAUGGUAGAGGGACAAUCGUGACCCCUCUCAUUCUCUUCCAGUACACACGCUUCCACAUCUUAACCGGCGUCGGUUCACAUUUCAACUCACCGGAAUCGUCUCUUCAAUCCCCCAUCCGGUUCCACCCCACCCCCUUAAGAACUACCCCAUGGAAAGCAGUUGGGUCUGCGUAUCGGCAUUACCAGGCUCAUGUGACGGCGGCGAAUGGUGGUUCGAAACUGAGACGAUGGGAUUGGAGCAGGAUAAGUUCACUCCGGUGAUGGUAAGGAAUGCUGAUGGAAGCAUUUCAACACUGCCGAAUUGUUUGCACUCUCUUGUGGGCAACACUCAGACCCUCCAGCUUGAUUCGUGUACGUAUUAUGAUCAUGGCCACUUUGAAUCCUUCAACUGCAAGAAUGUCCUGCUAGAUGGGGAUGGAUGUAAGCCCUUUGGUUAUUCCACACCUCUAUCGAUCCCCGCUAAAGACAAGGGGGUGCUACCCAUACCGACACCAGUUCAGCGCGUUGAAGCGAUCGUAAGGCCUGCUUAUGCAGAUUCGGAUUUAGAAGAAACAAAAGUUGACAGUGACCCACAUGAAAGUCAGUUGGCUGGUGAUGAGAUUGGGGAUGACGGUGGCAUGCGUUAGCUAAAGUUUGGAUUAUGUGUUAUCCAAUAAGAUAGGAAGGCGUGCGAGAGUUUAUGCGUUUUUCCUUUUUCUGUUUCAUGUUUUAUUUUCUUGGAAGACAUUUUUUUUCACUUCUUUUUGGCCGGCAAGUUUUGCCAAGGAAACAACUUAUGGUCCAUGGUUUAAUAAAGUUUAAGCACGCCCCUUUGUAGGCGUAUUGUCUUA